CAGAACAACUGCCUAUCAGAAGUCACUUGUUGACAUAGCAACUGUAACACACACAAAUUGUCAAAUUUACCCAAAGCAAUAACAGAAUGAGACCUCGUUAUCCUCUCUACUUUUCAAAAAAUGCAGAAUCUGGAAAACCUUUCAGCUGUGAAGAGUAUCUUAAUGCACUGAACAACACAGUAUUUUAUACAAUUGGGACCAGCAGUCCAUACUAUGACAAGAAAAAAAUAUCUGGCAACAUCAUAUGGAAACAAAAGGGACUGACAAAAGAUGACCUUCGCAAAGAAGAGCCAGAGUGUAAAGUGAUACAGCCAGUUGUAACAAAAAUAGAAUGUAAAUGGGUUCCCGUGGACACUAGCAUCAUAUCACCAAGUUCCAUAGAGGCAUCCAAGCGGAAAUGUGCAGACACGUGGGUGUGGUAUGAGAGACACACUCGCACCAACGAGACUAGUACCCUGACCGAGAUGCUGCCAUUGCAAGGGCGCGUGGUACGACAGUCUGCACCAAAUAUGGGAUGUGCUGCACCGUCUGCACCACGUAUGACCACAACACCGGAGCAUUACUUCCCUCGAGUGUGGAGUGCACACACACGUUUCUCCCGAGAACUGCCUACUGUACAAUGAUACUGAUCUACACCUUUGUGACCUAAAAAGUAACAGUAAACAGCACACAAGAAGUGGAAAACUGCUGGUAUAAUGAAGAACCAAAUUACAUCUAUAAUUUCACAGAGAAUAAUAACAAAAUUUUAAAAUGUGUGAUUCACUUACAUUUCUUUGGUAGAAGCAAAAUAUACUGAGUCUUCACACAGAAAACACUGUGAACCACAGCCAAAACACUAUUUCACGAAAUAAAUCUUUGUCACCUACAA